CAUGGGUGAUUCUCCAACUUGUCGAUGAUAGAGAUAGAAGCUCUCUAUUGAAACAUCCUCCUGAUGAAGCAUAUAUUCUCUUCAGAAGAAAAGAUGCCAUUUGAGGUUUCAAUUCAUCCACGAGUCUUGGGAUGGUUCCCAUGGCCAGGAGGUUCAAUGAUAUAAACAAACCAUAAACAGAAGAUGAACUUCAAAAUUCAUGAACCAAAAGAAAUGGCGAAGACAGUUGCAGAGCUGGUAUUCAUCCCUGCACCAGGGGUUGGUCAUAUCAUGUCCACCAUCGAGAUCGCAAAACUGCUAGUGAAUCGAGAUCAGAAACUUUCCAUCACCGUUCUUGUGAUUAAGCCGCCUCCAAGCUCGGGUUCUGGCUCGGCUAUCACCACCUACAUCGAAUCAUUGGCUAAGAAGUCUAUAGAUCGCAUAUGCUUCAUUGAACUCCUUCAAGAUGAAACUCUGCCAAUCCGCGACCCGAAAGCUCCCAUGACUUUCUUCAAUAAAUUCAUCAACAGUCACUGCAAAUAUGUUAGAAAUGUCGUGGCCGACAUGAUGACUCAACCGGGUUCCACCCGGGUCGCUGGGUUCGUCAUCGACAUGUUUUGCCUAGCCAUGAUUGAUGUGGCGAAUGAGUUUAACGUUCCAACCUACGUAUUCUUUACUUCUAAUGCCGCAUUUCUUGGCUUUAAGAUGUACCUCGAAAUCUUCUGUGAUGAUCAGAACCAAGAUGUUGAAUUGAGCAACUUGGGUGCUAUGAUACCAGUUCCAAGUUUCAUCAAGCCGGUGCCAACAAAGGUCUUUCCUUCCAUCAUGCAUACUAGAGAAGGGCUGGACAUAGCUCUUGGGUUAUCCCGGAAACUGAGAAAGGCCAAGGCGAUCAUGGUAAAUACAUUCUUGGAAUUGGAAACACAUGCAGUUGAAUCAUUGUCUUCUGACAGCAGUAUCCCACCUGUUUAUACGGUUGGGCCGAUACUCAACCUAGAAGGUGGUGCCGGAAAACCAUUGGACGAUGAUGUCAUGCGGUGGUUGGAUAGUCAACCACCAUCUUCAGUGGUGUUCUUGUGUUUUGGGAGUAUGGGAAGUUUUGAGAAGGUCCAAGUAAACGAGAUUGCACAUGCUUUGGAGCGGAGUGGCCACCGUUUUGUGUGGUCCCUACGUCGACCUCCAUCGAAUGAAACACCAAACAGCAAUCCGAGUGAUUACGAGGACCUAAGAGUGGUGUUGCCGGAAGGAUUCCUGGAGCGCACUGCAAGAAUCGGGAAAGUGAUCGGGUGGGCUCCACAGGUUAAGUUGCUUGCUCACCAUGCCGUGGGAGGCUUCGUGUCCCACUGCGGGUGGAACUCAAUGUUGGAAAGUUUGUGGUUUGGAGUACCAACCGCAACAUGGCCAAUAUACGCCGAACAGCAGAUGAAUGCAUUUGAAAUGGUGGUGGAGCUGGGAUUGGCAGUGGAUAUUAAAAUGGAUUAUACGGGGAAUGCGCAUUUUAACACCAAGGCCGAGAUAGUGACGGUAACAGCGGAUGAGAUAGAGGAUGGCAUACGGCAGCUGAUGGCGGAUGACACGAUCAGAAAAAAAGUGAAAGAGAUGAGCGAAAAGAGCAGAGCAGCGGUGACGGAAGGCGGUUCAUCGUAUGCUUCUGUUGGCCGUCUCAUUCAGGAUUUUAUUAGAAACGUCUCCUGAGUUGGACUGUGUAUCUUCAUGGUUUGUUCAUUGUUGUUACGGGUGUCUAUAAGACGCAUUAUCUUCUUAUAUCCAAACUGUGACCAUC